CCCAAUAAUUCAUUUGUCACCAAACUUUGCACCCGCCUCCCUCUGUACCCGUCCGAAACCCUAGCCCACCUCGCCGGCGGCGGGCCCUCCGGCGAUGGAGGUGGAGGAGCCGUUCCCGCAGUCCAAGAAUCCCCGCAGGGCCCGGCGACGGGACCUCAACGCGCUGGAUCCCAGCAUGGAGGAGUCCGAUGGGGAGGAUAUUGGUGUUCCAGAAGUUGGUAUGGUGUUCAAUAAUCACACAGAAGUCAACCGAUUCUACCGCAAGUAUGCCCGUCGUGUUGGCUUUGGUGUCUCAGUAAGGAGGUCCUCAUUUUCACAAGAAGGAACCUGCUUAUAUCUCGAGCUUAUGUGCUGCAAAGGAGGGCGGCCACGUUAUGAGCCGAAGUUCCGGAAACGGGCCUCAUCGACCACUAACUGCCCAGCCAAGAUCCGAGUGAAGUUGUGGGGAGACAAACUGUUGCAUGUAGAGUUGGCAAUCCUUGAUCACAAUCAUCCAGUGAGCCCAGCAAUGGCAAGAUUCUUGAACUCUUAUAAGCAGCUCUCUGGCCCUGCAAAGAGGCGGUUGCGUAUGGGUGGCCCUGGGGCUAUGCCUGUUGAAGAGCCAAGUAAGAUGCCCAUGGAUAAGUUGGGGGAACUUGAGGAGCUUUUGUUUGGUGAGAGCAAGCACCACAGUUUUGUGGAGAGGGGCCGUUUGAAGCUCCAACCUGGAGAUUCGGAGGCCCUUCGACUUUUCUUCACCCGGAUGCAGGCCAAAAAUGCUAAUUUUUUCAAUGUCAUUGAUUUGGAUGAUGAAGGCUGUAUCAGGAAUGUUUUCUGGGCAGAUGCACGGUCAAGAGCCAUGUAUGAGUACUAUAGUGAUGUCAUCACACUUGAUACUUCCUAUGUGGUUAGUAAACAUGAUAUGCCUCUUGCAACAUUCAUCGGGGUGAAUCAUCAUGGCCAAUCUGUAUUGAUGGGGUGUGCCCUGCUUUCUGAUGAAACAGCAGAAACCUAUUCAUGGCUACUUAAGGCUUGGAUAGCAUGCAUGUCUGGCAAUCUUCCGAAGGCCAUUGUCACUGACUACUGUAGGGGCAUCCAAAGUGCUGUAGCUGAGGUUAUUCCUGGAGUCCGUCAUAGAAUGUGCUUGUUUCAGAUAAUGAGGAAGGCUGCAGAGCGGUUAAGUGGGCUGUCAGAGUACAGAGCUAUUAACAAGGCAAUGCAUAAGGCUGUCUAUGAUUCUUUAACCAUAGAUGAGUUUGAAGGAGAAUGGAAUACUUUAAUUUCAUUUACUGGGCUUCAGGGCAAUGACUGGUUAAGAUCACUUUAUGAAUGUCGAGCUUCUUGGGUUCCUGUCUUCAUUAAAGAUACAUUCUGGGCAGGAAUGUCUGUUACACAAAGAAAUGAAACUAUCACUCCUUUUUUUGAUGGAUAUGUGGAUUUAAAAACCACCUUGAAGCAAUUUCUUGUCAAGUAUGAGAUGGCUUUGCAGAGCAAAUAUGAGAAGGAGGUCCAAGCAGAUUUUGAGACAUUUCAUAAGCAACGUCCACCAGUAUCAAAAUUCUAUAUGGAAGAGCAGCUCUCAAAGGUAUACACCCAUAAUAUGUUCAAGAAGUUCCAGGAUGAGAUUGAAGCCAUAAUGUACUGCCACGUAUCUUUAAUUGCUGUUGAUGGUCCUGUCUCCACGUUCAAUGUCAAGGAGUGUAUUUUCCUUGAAGAUGGUAAAAGGACUAUGAGUAAGAUUUUUGCAGUGACAUACAAUGCGGACGAAAAGGAUAUAACAUGUAUCUGUGGAGGUUUCCAAUUCAGUGGGAUCCUAUGCCGGCAUAGUCUCUCAAUGCUCAAGUUUCAACUGGUUCGUGAAAUUCCACCACAGUAUAUUCUUGAUAGGUGGAAAAAGGAUUUUAGGCAGUUGCACGUGAUGGGACGCCCUCCAAGUGACCUUGUCCCCAACAACCGUGUGGAUCGAUACGACUAUUUGUCAAUGAGAUGCCUGCAACUUGUUGACUCUGCAGUCCUAUCAGAUAAAUAUCGCCUUGCUUUGAGGUUGGUAAGGGAGAUGGAGAAAUUUCUGCUAAAUAGCAAUACACAUGAUGAUACACAACCAAGGAUCAAGUCUCGUGUUCCUAAAGUAAAUAAGCCAAAUACAGCGACUGGUCAAAAUGUGGUGGAUGCAGCUACUAACAAUGGAAAUGUUGGCCCCAAAGCACCAGAGGCUCCUGCAGUCAUGCAAGCAUCACAGAUCCAAAAGGGAGGAGCAGAAAGAGGAAUAGUUCCUGCUGGCUACAUUGGAGUGCCAGCUAAUGUCCAUCAAUUUGGAGCCAAUCAAGCAGCAAUUCGUCCAAGCAUUGUGUAUAUGGUACCGAGUGGUGUUGACCCGCAGGCUUUUGGAAAUGGUGUGUUGAUGCCAGUGAUGUACCAGCAGGUGUUCCAGGUACCACAGAAACCGAAUGGAACUGUGCAAGAUACUUCAGCAAAUGGAAAAAAGAAGCGAUCUCGUGGCCAGAAGCUGACAGAGACAUCUCAACAGUCAAAUGGAACCCCAGGUCCUUCAUCUGGCUAGGGGUGACUCCUGAUAUUUAGAACAGGUUUUCUGUACAUACAAGGACUUGCUGCAGUGACAAAUUUUACAUAGGGAUGCCGGCACUAACAAUUACUUCUUUGUGUGGUCCUAGUCUCUGCACCAGCAAUGAAAAUGAAGCUGGGGAAAAGCACUGGUCUUCAUUUUGAUCUUCCUGGAGUUCUGAGUGUAGAACUCAGUAACUGUUCUUUUUUCAUUCUUUCUUUUAGCUGAUUCCAGCAAAGACUGGCUGCAUCUAAUUUCCUCAGCCACGUCACCAGUGUAAUGUACGAGUCCCUGUGUCUUUUCCCUUGUGUAAAUUAAUUUUUGUUGGAUUAGCUCUAUCAUGGCUCAUGAGCACAUCGUCAGAUGCCUCUUAAUUUUGUUGGAUUAGAAUGUUGGGUACUUGGGCAUCGCAUCAACCCUGACCAAGGCAUGUCAAAGGAGGUCACUAUUGGAAUUUCACUUGCAGUUUACUCUUCUAGGAUCUUGCAACAUGUAUUCCUAGGUCUAGGAGUUCUGAAGAAACAAUCAGCAGUGGCAUGGAGUCUUUUGAAGUAAAAGGUGCAUAACGAAGUU